CACCCUCAAUAUUCCAAGACAUUGUAGAGAUUUCUGAAAUGUAAAACAGUGUAGCUGGGUUAGAGUUGCUUGGAAGACUGUCACAAACAAGACCACUGGGUGGUCGGUGUUGUGGUUCGUCCAUGCUGAAGCACGAAAACCAACGAAAAUGACCAAAAAGCCCCGAGCACGAUUCGUUAUUUAUACAUUAUCCGCCAAAGCAAUUCCCGUAUUAUGGCUGCGAAAAUGGAGUAAUUGAGGAUUACCGUCGUCGUGGGAAGUAACUAUUUAAUGCGUGGAGCGAAAAAGGUUUGGUUCUGAAACCGGGAUUUUUCUGGUAUCCAAAUCCUUCAGAACUUCAAACUUCGAAGCCUCCACGAAAAAAAAAGUUGAUAACGACCCUGGAGAAGGAGGUGGAGGGUUCAGAACAUCAAAGGGUUAAAGCAACAAUUUUUAAGAACAACAUUACAUAAAAGAAAGAGAAGAAAAACCAGAAUCGCCAUCAGUUUUUUGAGUCUCCAGGUUGUUUUUUUAAUGAAUCUUGGUGUUGUUGAUCAGGAACCGUAAUCAGUGGAAACAGAAAAAAAGUUGUAGGAAUAAUUUAUGUAUGCCGUUGGGGUUGGUUAUGUUUGGAAGCAAGUUUAAAUUUUGAGGUCUGUUUUGUUUUUUUGGUCUCUCUCUGGAAAAGAAAAAAAAUGAAUGUGGUAGGCAAAGUUGGAAGCUUGAUAACUCAAGGUGUCUACUCAGUUGCUACCCCUUUUCACCCCUUUGGUGGGGCUGUUGAUGUGAUUGUUGUUCAGCAACAAGAUGGGACAUUUCGAAGCACGCCUUGGUAUGUUCGGUUUGGUAAAUUUCAGGGUGUACUCAAAGGUGCCGAGAAGUUUGUUAGGAUAAAUGUUAAUGGUGUUGAGGCCAAUUUUCACAUGUAUCUUGACAAUUCGGGGGAGGCUUAUUUUUUGAAGGAGGUGGAUGAUGAUAAAGUAGUUGAUUCAAUUGAGGCUGUUCAAGAUUCUAUUGACAAAAAGAAUGGCUAUUUGAGUAAUGUUCAUAGACUUGAUCAUAGCAUCUCGGAUUCUGGGGUGCUUCAGUUGAAAGAUGAGAGUGAUUCCUUGGUUUUGCCUCAACUUCAAAGGGCAGAAUCUGAUGUUGAUAGGAGGUUUUAUGAAUUCCCGGAUGAUCGAUCUUCUUUAGAAGAUUCAGUUGAGUUGUCGGAAUAUGAGUCUAAUUCGUAUGAGAGCCUAGAGGGAGACAAUUUUGGGGAGUCACAGGGUUCACAUCCAGAGAUGGUCUUGGUGAGUGUUGAUGGUCAUAUAUUGACUGCCCCUAUCUCAGAAUCAGAGCAGACUGAGGAGAAUGUGCAGUUAAAAACUCCUCAAUUUCAUCUGGGACCAGGUGAAGAGACUGACUUAUGUGAAGGCAACGGAGAGUUUAGUACUGGUGAAAGUGCUUGGGCUGCUGAUUAUAUUAAUCAGUUGGGUGCUCAAACAACUAAUGUCCAAUCUAGACGUUGUGACACUAACGGUGAUGAUAAUACUUCUAAGCUUUUGCUUGAAGUUUGUCAAGGAGAGGAGGCACAUAUUUGUCUAGCACAGGAUACCGUGGAGAUUAAAAAUCAAGAAGAUCAUAUGAAAACUGAUUCAGAAGAGGCUGCAUCAGGUAUCAAGAGGGAGAAUGUUUUCAAAAGUUGUUUGGAGCUACAAGAUUUUGGUCAGCAGGCUGGAAAUGCUGAUUUACAAAAUAUAGGUUCUUCAUUGAAGAUUCAAAAUUCAGUAGAGGAAUCUAAUGCAAGUCAUCCUGCAGUUGAUGAAAAUGAACAGGAGAGCAUUGCAAUAUCUAAAAACGGUGAUGAGUUAUCACCUCCUAGUGGUUCUGCUUCUUCUAAUGGCCAUAGAUCACCGAAAUCAGAGUUGGAAACUCAAGAGGUUGAGAAAAAUGCAUCAGGAGAAGUUGAAACUGCUUCUGGCUCUCAUUCUGUCACUACUUAUAGUGAACAGAAUGAUGAACACGUUGACAAGACAGUAACAAAUGAUGAGUUAGAUGAUAAUCAACAAACCCCUGCACUCAAAGAUGUUAGGGCUACAAGUGAGGUGGUGGAGCCUCAAACAGAAACUUCCAAUAAAGGGGAUCAAAGCCAUUUGGGUUUGGGAUUUGAGAUCUCCCUUUGUGGUCAUGAACUUAAGGUGGGCAUGGGUUCAGUAGCUGCUGCUGAAGCGUUUGAAGCACAUCGCAUAUCCGUAGUUGACUUCACAAGUUCUGCUCCAUCAAUAAUUAAAAAUCAAAAUCUUGUUAUCAAGUUUAAAGAGAGGUACAUGACGUGGGAAAAGGCUGCUCCUCUUGUUCUUGGAAUGGCUGUUUAUAGUUUAGAUUUACCUGUUGAGUCCAAAGAUACAAUUCCUGUGGAACAGGAUCAUGCAUUGAAGUCCAGGGAUGAUGAUCUGGGAUCAUCUUCGUCUGGACGCAGAUGGAGACUUUGGCCUAUUCCUUUUCGAAAGGUCAAAACAUUUGAGCAUACUAAUAGCAACUCAUCAAAUGAGGAGGUAUUUCUAGAUUCUGAGUCUGGAUCUCUGAUAGAACCAACUCCAGCAUCCAGUACCCAGGGAUCUCCUCAUAAGCAAUUUCUAAGAACAAAUGUUCCCACUACCAAGCAGAUAGCAUCCUUAAAUCUCAAAGAGGGUCAAAAUUUGGUAACCUUCAGUUUCUCUACAAGGGUUCUCGGAACACAACAGGUUGAUGCUCAUAUUUAUUUAUGGAAGUGGAAUGCAAGAAUUGUAAUUUCAGACGUUGAUGGAACUAUUACAAAGUCUGAUGUUUUGGGGCAGUUCAUGCCUUUAGUUGGCAAAGAUUGGACACAAUCUGGAGUGGCAAGGCUUUUCUGUGCUAUUAAGGAAAAUGGAUACCAACUACUUUUUCUGAGUGCCCGUGCAAUUGUCCAGGCAUAUCUAACCAGAAACUUCUUGCUUAACCUGAAACAGGAUGGAAAAACCUUACCAAAUGGACCUGUUGUUAUAUCACCUGAUGGAUUAUUUCCCUCGCUUUACCGAGAAGUGAUAAGAAGAGCACCUCACGAGUUCAAGAUUGCUUGUUUAGAGGAUAUCAAAAGACUUUUCCCAUCUGACUAUAAUCCAUUCUAUGCUGGAUUUGGCAAUAGAGAUACAGAUGAACUUAGUUACAGAAAGAUUGGAAUCCCGAAGGGCAAAAUAUUUAUUAUCAACCCUAAGGGUGAGGUAGCUAUUAGUCAGCGUAUCGGCGCAAAGUCGUAUACAUCAUUACAUACCCUCGUCAAUGACAUGUUUCCACCAACUUCUUUGGUCGAGCAGGAGGACUACAACUCAUGGAAUUAUUGGAAAACGCCAUUGCCAGAUAUUGAUUAGUUUCAUUGCUUAAGAUACUUAGUUCCUUUUUGACAAGGAUCCGUUGGUAUGGAAGAUGAAACCAUCGAUGAUGUUAACCGAAAAACCAGAAAUUCCUCCUAUGUGACCCAUUCAUGACCAUAAUUGAUUGGAGGGUAUCCUUCUAUACAGGUUUCCUUGAUGGGGAUGACCGUACCCUUGCUUUCCUUCUUUUUGAUCUGGCAUUAAAUCCUGAUUUCAUUAUAAUCCUCCUAUCAACAGAAUUGUAUAACAUUUAGCUUACUUGUUAUAUUGUACUACACCUUGUAUAUUUUUCAAUUUUGAUUGGGGGUGAUAAGGGAAUAAUGACAUAGGCAACUUCAUCUCUAGCUCAAAUUUUGGGUUGGGUGGAUACAGUGCAUAAGUACUAAGAUUGUAUUUCAUGCCAUGAUAUGCAACUCUUAAGUCUUAAACCUGGUAUUGAUAUUUAUCUUUAGUUUGUCCAUCAUGCUUAAAAACAUUAGGAAACCAAUUACACCCUAUUGGAGUGAGGAGCUUGAACAGGCAUGCAACAUGAAAGCCAAGGUAGUAAACUCUCUUGUUUGACAUUUUAUACAUUGGCUUGAAUUGUAGAUUGUGAAAAACUUAUUUGUUGCCCUCAAUAUUGUAAUAUCAAAAUGGAUUACUCAAUUGGCUUAA